UCAAUCGGUUUGCUACCGAGAUCAGCGGGAGGUCGAAGAAAGGAAAGGGCUGGCCCCGGGCAGGGAAAUUGUUGUAGGACGUGCUGGACACGUGCGAUGGAGGAUGACGAGUCCUUCCUGGACACGAAGAGAGUGUCCACGUCGGUGUACCACAGCACUGAUGACUUUGACGAGGUGGAACUUCAGGAGCGACGGCCACGAAGAGUUAUUCGGGAGCAGUCGCUGUUCUUCCAAGAUGGACACCGUUCAGUGGAUUUUGUCCUCGCGUGGGACAUUAGGAUGCCCACGGCUGUCACCGACACAGCCGAACAUCGAAGGUUUUUCUUCGAAGAGCAGCUCGGACAGGAACUGGAGCUCGAGACCGAGGAGGCUGAGGAAGGAUCUGCCCUCACCUUUGUGAAGAUCCACGUCCCGCUGGACGUUCUAAAGAAAUACGCGGAAAUUCUUAAACUGCGAGUGCCAAUGAAAGAGGAGGGAAAAAUUCGAAGUGGCAGCAAACGAAAUCUGCUGCUCAGAACGACCAAGUACAUUUCGCAGAAGAUACCAGCGUUCCAAGAUGUGCAUGACAAGACUCAUUCGCUCAUGGACAGUGUCCAGACGGCUGUGGACAGGCUGCUCGGUUACAUAUACGUAGAUUCCAAACACUUUCCCCAAAAGAGCCAUCGUUUCACCGCAGUCUACUCUAGAUCUAAAGAAUACCUGUUCGACACGAAUGCCUCUGACUUUUUCAGCGCAGCUAUUCGUUCUCGCAUUGUUGACUUUAUUUUAGACAGAACCUAUUACGAGGACAAAUCACUAGAUCCGAACGCCCUUGGCAUCAACAGGUUGAUCACUGAGGGCGUCUACAGCGCUGCUUACCCUUUGCACGAUGGUGACCUGAAAACCCCUGGCAGCCAGCGCUACCUCCUUUACCAUGAGUGGGCCUCAGUCAAGCGCUGUCUACGUUACCAACCCCUCGACUAUGUCAAGGACUACUUUGGGGUUAAAAUUGGUCUCUACUUUGCCUGGCUGGGAUUCUACACGCACAUGCUGUUGCCAGCCUCGGUUGUCGGACUGAUCUGCUUCGCCUAUUCAUGGGUGACUUUACCACUAAACAAACCUACCCAAGACAUCUGCAAUCCAGGCAAUGAAUCUGUGUGGAUGUGUCCGUUGUGUGACCACUGGUGCGACUACUGGGACCUGCGCGAGACUUGCUUCCAUGCCAAAGUCACAUACCUCUUUGAUAAUCCGUCAACUGUCUUCUUUGCCAUCUUCAUGUCCUUCUGGGGAGCUACUUUCUUGGAGUUGUGGAAAAGGUACUCAGCCGAAAUCACGCACCGUUGGGAUCUGACCAGUUUUGACAUCAAUGAGGAGCACCCUAGGCCGCAGUACCUGAUGCGAGUUGUCCGCCUUUCUAAGACGAAGACUAGAAAAAACUCUAUUACCAUGGAAGAGGAACCUCACGUGCCAUUCUGGAGCCUUAGAUUUCCAGCUACUGUGUUCAGUUUUUCGGUUGUGCUUCUUUUGAUCCUGUUGGCGUUGGCGGCAGUUCUCGGUGUUGUCCUCUACCGAGUGUCCGUACUGGCAGCUUGGCACAGCCUGAAGGCCCAAGUGGAAACAAGCUCGGUCAUUCUGAUCACCUCGGUCACGGCUGCAUGCAUCAAUUUAUGCUGCAUUGUCAUCUUCAACUGGUUUUACAUGUGGUUGGCAGAGAAGUUGACCGAGAUGGAAUUACUCAGGACACAGACCGAGUUCGACGAUUCGCUCACCCUUAAAAUUUACCUCCUGCAGUUCGUCAACUACUACGCUUCUAUUUUCUACAUAGCUUUCUUCAAGGGAAAAUUUGUGGGCCGACCUGGCGAUUACAACAGAGUUCUCGACUACAGGCAAGAGGAGUGUGGUCCUGGUGGCUGUUUAAUGGAACUUUGCAUUCAGCUGUCAAUCAUCAUGGUUGGCAAGCAAGCCGUCAACACUUUGCUCGAAAUGCUCUACCCGUUGUACUACAAAUGGGUGAACACAAUCAAAGUAAAGACAGGGAUUUCGGACAGCCAGAAAGAGUUGAAGAAACCCCUUCAGUGGUGCAAAGAUUACAAGCUGGUGGAGUGGGGGCCGAGCAGUCUCUUUGACGAAUAUUUGGAAAUGGUUUUGCAGUAUGGAUUUGUGACCAUCUUUGUGGCAGCUUUUCCUUUAGCGCCAUUCUUUGCCCUGCUAAACAACAUUUUGGAAAUGAGGUUGGACGCCCAAAAACUGCUGAAGUUCUACCGGCGACCUGUGACUCAGCGUGUGCGUGACAUUGGCGUCUGGUACAGGAUUUUGGACUCGAUCGGAAAACUCUCAGUCAUAACAAAUGCAUUCAUUAUUGCUUUCACCACGGAAUUUAUUCCCAGACUGGUUUACAAAUAUGCAGUGAGUUCAAAUCAAUCGUUGGAAGGCUAUCUAGACUUUUCACUGGCGUCCUUCAACGUCACCGACUUUGAAGAUGGUUCUCGUCCUCAAAUGCGAGGCACCGAGCACGUUGAGGUUUGCCGCUACCCUGAUUUCAGAAUGGCACACACCCACGAAAACAAGUACUCCAAGACAGACCUCUAUUGGCACAUUAUGGCUGCAAGGUUUGCUUUUGUGGUCGUAUUUGAAAACGUCGUGGCCCUGGUGAUGAUUCUGGUGCGGUGGUGCAUUCCUGACGUGCCACGCACCCUUCGAGCGCAGAUCAGAAGGGAGGCUUAUCUCACCAACGAGAUGAUCAUCGCCAAAGAAGCUGAAAGGGCGCGAGGAGAUAAGCCGAGCCCAUCCCGCUCUUCACGGUCCACAAACAGCUUGCCGGAUGGCUUGCGCUCGAGACAAACUUUGAACGGUCCAGUUGCGGUCUAAUUACUACCCCAGCCUUUUCUGAUUUGUAAUCUCAUUAAAUUAACCACGUUCAUCAAACAUUUUUCUAAAAAUUUAUAUAUUCGGAUGUUACGAUACAUUAUAUUUGUACUUUGCAACAUCUAUAUGUAAGUGUUCAGGAUAUGACAGAUCUGACUCGUCCGUCUAGUCGAGAGCUGCCAGACAGCUCCUCUACUGUUAUUUUUGUGAUAAUUAUUCACGUGUCGCACAAUUAUAACCAAUCGCACACAUACCCCGCCUUAUAUUGAUACCAUUCAUUAGAUGUUAUUAUGGUCAUUCGAGAAUUUUGCCAAAUAAUCUCAUUGUUAUUUAUUGGUGUUCCUUCAAUUUGACUGCUACGAGGAGCGGCUUCUGAUUUUUAUUUAAAACAUUUUUACUGUUUUCGAUGUUUUUAACUGAAUAUAAUGUCAUGGCAACUUUUUGGCAUCUUUUUUCGCUUUAUGCAUGCUUAAAAUGUGCUCGAUCUGGAGCAUUUUGAAAAAAUGAAAUAUUUUAUAUUAUAUUGCAGUUAAUUAAGAAAUCUCAAAUUAUAUAAUUGCAUUGAAUAAAUUUCAAAAUGUAUACUGAAAUUAUUUUUUCUCCUAGAGAAUAAAAA